ACUUGACACGAAACCAUUCCACGAAAAACGGCCCAAGAUGGCAACCACCGCUUCGAAUUCAAACUUACUAAGCAGCAACAGUGCUUCAAAACAAAGUAAUUAUGUUGAUAGAACUGACAGCAGCGAGUCUUCAACAUCAAGCUGGGACCUUUUACAAAAUGAACCAACCACAGUAAUAGAGCUCGGCUCAGAGUCACCUUCAAUUGCAUCUGGAAGAGAAUCUCCAUCUGGUUCUGGUGGAGCUGCAAAAACUGAGGAUGAUUUUAUGCAAGCAAUGCGAUCAAAAAUAGUGGAGGAAGUCGGAGGACAGGUGUGGGCUGCUGGGAAAUCUCAAGCAAGACGUUUCUUUGACUUAUAUUCAAACAUUGAUGUGUUGCGUCCAUAUUUCGAUGUCGAGCCCAAAGAUAUUUUGAUUAGGUUGGCACAGUCGCUAGUACCCAGAAAACCAUUAAAACCUCAGACUGUUGCUGGGGAGCUGUAUGGACCUAUCAUGGUUGUUUUCACAUUAGUCGCGCUUCUUUUGUUUUCAAUGAAACAUAGUGGACAUACUGUCCAAGAGGGAACUUUAAUGGGGACAGCAAUUGGAGUUUGUUUUGGAUAUUGGUUGGGCGGUUCCUCGUUAUAUUAUUUCAUGGCGUAUCUAUGUAACGCCCAUAUCACUCUACUGCAAAUCGUGUCGUUGACGGGCUAUGCAUUGUUUAGUCAUUGCAUUUGCAUCUUUUUGGCCACGGUGACACACGAAACAACACAUGGUGUAUUUUUCUUAGCGAUUAUUGUGAUUGGUGGUUUGUCGUCUCUUCGAAUGUUGGGAGUAUAUGUGAGUCGAACUUGGUCGAGACAACAGGGAAUGACCAUUGGGUCUAUCGUUGGUGUUGUCCAUCUAUUGUUUUUGUUGUAUCUCCACUAUGCGUAUCAUGACACAUAUGAAGAAGCAGCGUUGCUUCUCAGUCGAACAAAACGUGAAGCGGCUGUUCUUACACUGCAGACAUCGUUACCAACCACCUUUGUGACGAAUACGUGAGAAAGAAAGUUUGUAGCUGCAUUUUAGAUCAGGGUGUGUGUUUUGCAUGAGGUAAUCCCGGUUGUGAUUUUGCCUUGCAGUGUGUUUCGUUCAUCCAAAUCAAGCUGACUCGAUCUCUAAGUAUAAAUUGUUGCAUGUGGAAAUUUUUGGCCUCAUCACUCUCACUUUUUUGCCCUGGUUUUUGCAUUCGUGUUUGUUAACUGCCAUAAGGAACAAAAUGCACCUUGAAGUGAACCAAAAAGUAGUGUACUUAAAACAGGUAAUUUUGAUCAAUUUAGAUUUUAUUUAUUAUACUAUAUUUUUCUUUACUUUACCAUUGUAUGUCUUAUUGGUCUGGACAAUAUUGUCGAUAGUUUUUAUCUAACAGUGAAAUAAAGAUGGAAAUUAAAGGAAUUUUUUUGCUACAUUUUUAAACAAAGUAGCCCUCUCAUAACUGUUGUCUGUAAAUUCGGAUUAUGCUCAGAAAGUUGAUCCGUGUUUACCUUUUAUGAUAUAUUUUUGUUUUUGUGGUAUAUAACUUGUUUAAUUGUAUUUGUAAGUAGAAUAAUAUUUAUGAAGAAAAAUAUCCUUUUAA